CAAACUCGUCCAACAUCUUGGCGUCCCUUUCCUUGGAAGUAGGCGCCCUCCGGUGUGCGUGCGCGCACCAUCACUUCCACCAAUGCCAUGCCGUGCGCGCCGCCGUUCUUGCGGAAUUCAGGACAGGAGGAGGCUGAGGUCGCCCUAUUAGAGAUUCCUAUUGAGAAAAUAAUGAACAACAAAUUUGACGCUUUGAAAGAUGAUGACAGCGGUGACCACGACCAGGACCAAGGCUCACCGAAAGACGGUGAGAAGGAAAAACUCGAAGAGGAGGACAAGGAGCAGAAUUCCGCAAAGAAAAAAAUGGUGGUACCAGGGGCUGGUGAGCACCCGCUUCAGUACAACUACACAUUUUGGUACUCCAGACGAAACCCAGGGCGACCAGCCAGCACUCAGAGCUAUGAGCAGAACAUCAAACAGAUUGGCAGCUUUGCUUCGGUGGAGCAGUUCUGGCGUUUCUACAGUCACAUGAUCCGACCAGGCGACUUAACAGGCCACAGUGACUUCCAUCUCUUCAAAGAAGGCAUUAAACCCAUGUGGGAGGACGAUGCUAACAAGAUGGGCGGGAAGUGGAUCAUCCGUCUGAGGAAAGGCCUGGCCUCGCGCUGCUGGGAGAACCUCAUCCUGGCAAUGCUGGGAGAGCAGUUCAUGGUUGGAGAGGAGAUCUGUGGCGCUGUCGUGUCUGUCCGCUUCCAGGAGGAUAUCAUCUCCAUCUGGAACAAAACAGCGAGCGACCGGGCUACCACGGCCCGUAUCAGAGAUACACUGCGGCGAGUCCUGAACCUGCCCCCCAACACCAUCAUGGAGUACAAGACACACACAGACAGCAUUAAGUAUAGCCUGGGAAGACUUCCAUGGUCUGGUGAAUGCUAGUGGUGGACGUUAGCCCCCUUUGUGAUGCCACAGACCUCUGCAAGGUGUGUUUUAUAUGUGACGUUGCUGUUGGGGAGCGGGCGUAAGAAGUCCGGAGUGGGGUGAUAUCCUCUGCGUGGAUUGACCCAAGCGAGCGAAGCGAAGGCCGGGAACACAAGACGAGAAGAUCAUUCCUUCUUUGUGUCAGCUUGGAAGUGAGAAGAAAAGCGCUUUGAGCAGAAGACAAGGCGAACAAGAGCAUUAUUUUUAACCAACCAGAGAAGACUGAAAGCCUCAGAUUUAUUUUUUACUUUUAUAGCAAGUUGUGAUUCAAGAGUCGACUGGUAAUAUUUGCCAGUUGCUACAUGCAUCAACCCCAAUCUAAAAUGGGAAUGUCAUUGUUUGUCCACAUCAAACUACUUUCUGCUAGGUUUGUUUCAGGACACCAAAAAGGGUUUGUGUGCUGUAUUUUAACUACAAUUCCUCCAACUAUUUCCAGCUUUUUUACUGUUUCUGUGUAAAAUAUGUAAAUGUAAAUACAGAUCAUUUAAAAGAAAUAUGUAAUUAAAUCCUCCUCUGACACAGAGAAGAAGUAGAAGGAGGAUCAUCCCGCGUGGGGCAGAUAUACUACAACUGGCGUCUCAUGAAAGGACCGCCAUGCUGCCUGUAUCACUGUGCCUCACCCUUUACUAUGUUCCCUUACUGUCAGUCUUGCCCUCACCUGGCGCUCAAACGAGUCCAAGAAAUGGAUGACUAUGCUUUAAAGUCCUCAAGUGGCAGGCGUAAAGACUAUCUGCUAUUUUGUAGUACAAGUAAUGAAGCUGGGCUUGAAGUCAGAUACAUUCAUUAGAAGCAUGCUGGAGAAGCACAUGUCGGCCAUUUGCGAAAACUGUAAACGCCACUCGUGUCUGGUGGCGCGGUGAUGGGUGUGGUUGUGUGUGUGUGUGUGUGUGUGUGUGAAGGUAUGUGUGGUUGUUUGCUUGAUGGAUAAUAGCAAUACAUGAAAAAUGCACUUGCUGCUAAACUGUGUCAGUGACUUUUAUGUUUACAGGUGCAUCUCAAUAAAUUAGAAUAUGUAAAGUGAAUUAAUUUCAGUAGAUAAUUCAAAAAGUGACACUCUUACAGUAUAUUUUACCGAUACACUACACAUUGAAGUAUUUCAAGGAUGUAUUUCUUAAUCAUUUUUAUUAUUUUAGCUCAUAGCUAAUAAAAACUCCACUGUACACACACACACACACGUAUUAUCUCAUUUUACCCAUUCUUGUUGUCUUCAGCUCAUCUCAAAGAACAUGUAAUUCUGUGAAAAGAUCAAAGAUCCAUUUUAAUACUUGUUUUCUUUCAAAAGUGGGUAUACAACUCCCAAAACUACAACCAUGCAAAAUUGAUUGUGGAUUAAUUGUGUUUUGGAAGCAGCUGAGGUCAAAUGGAGUGUGCACUACUUGACUAUGACCAGCAGAGGUGGUCAUCUAGUGGAGUGUGAAGAAAAAAAAAUCCACUCUGCAACACAGGCAGUGAAAUAAGACUGAAAAACAUACAGGGAGAUUCUUCGAACCCAUUAAAAAUAUAACAAAAAUAACAAAUGAAAACAGAUGCUCACCAGUAAGAAUGUGGCUGCCAGUAGCAACAGCUUGGUUUGUGAAUCCAUGCUUAGUGGCACUGCACAAAUUGAUAUGUUAUUUCAGAUGUGUGUAUUAAAGCUUAAAUUAAAGCGACAUGAGAAAACUCACCCUCCAUCCCAAAAUAUUCAUGGUCCAUAUUAUGCUCAUGGUGAAAGCCUGGCCAUUUCUUCCAUAUGGUGCCAAUUUUCUCCCCAAUGUUUGAGAUAAUCUUAUAAGAUAAAAAAAAUGUUUGUGGUAAUGGUGCUAAAAUAGCCACUUGGAUAUACCUGGAAUUGCUGGUUUGUCAAGCAGCGGCUUGGGCAGCACGGUCCCUGAAUUCUGGCUGCACACGCCCCCUCUGCAUCUUUGACUUCAAUCAGAGGGGUGAACAUGCUCCACCUGGCAACACAGGCCCACAGACAGAACAUGGACUAUCUCCUUACAGAACCCCACACUGCGACUUUGCAGCCAGGCCUUCAGCUGUCAUGAUCCUGCAAGCACUGGAACUGUUUUCUUCUGGC